AUGCACCGAAUCGCCAUUAGAAACUCGGUGCGCGCCCACGCGCUGGCCGCCUCACCAAAGAGCUCGGUGAACCAAGUUGCCCGCUCAUACGCAACCGCAAAAGCUGCCGCCUCCGAGGUCUCUUCUAUUCUCGAGUCCCGAAUUGCUGGCACAGCUGUCGGCGGUAACGUCGAGGAAACUGGACGUGUCCUCAGCGUCGGUGACGGUAUUGGUCGUGUAUGGGGUCUCAAGAACGUGCAGGCCGAAGAGAUGGUGGAAUUCUCUUCUGGCGUCCGUGGCAUGUGUCUCAACUUGGAGGCGGACAACGUCGGUGUCUCCAUCUUCGGUAACGACCGUCUCAUCAAGGAGGGCGACACCGUCAAACGGACUGGCCAAAUUGUCGAUGUCCCCGUUGGCCCUGGUCUUCUCGGUCGUGUCGUCAAUGCUCUUGGAGAUGCUAUUGAUGGCAAGGGCCCCAUUGAAGCCGCUGAGCGUCGUCGUGCUUCUCUCAAAGCCCCCGGCAUUCUCCCCCGUCGCUCCGUCAACCAGCCCAUGAUGACCGGUCUCAAGCCCAUUGACGCUAUGGUUCCCAUUGGUCGUGGCCAGCGUGAGCUGAUUAUUGGUGACCGUCAAACUGGCAAGACCGCCGUCGCUAUCGACACGAUUCUUAACCAGAAGCGUUGGAAUGAUGGCCAGGACGAGUCCAAGAAGCUCUACUGUGUCUACGUCGCUAUUGGCCAAAAGCGUUCAACGGUUGCCCAGCUCGUCAAGACUCUUGAGGAGAACGACGCGAUGAAGUACACCAUCAUUGUUGCCGCCACCGCCAGCGAGGCUGCUCCCCUCCAAUACCUUGCGCCAUUCUCUGGAUGUGCCAUGGGUGAAUGGUUCCGUGACAACGGCAAGCACGCCCUCAUCAUCUACGACGAUCUUUCCAAACAGGCCGUCGCCUACCGUCAAAUGUCCCUUCUUCUCCGUCGUCCUCCCGGUCGUGAGGCCUACCCUGGUGAUGUUUUCUACCUGCACUCUCGUCUCCUCGAGCGUGCCGCCAAGAUGAACGACAAGUUCGGUGGUGGAAGCUUAACUGCUUUGCCCAUCAUUGAAACCCAGGGUGGUGAUGUCUCGGCUUAUAUUCCUACCAACGUCAUUUCCAUCACUGACGGACAAAUCUUCUUGGAAGCUGAGCUCUUCUUCCGUGGUGUCCGUCCUGCCAUCAACGUCGGUCUCUCUGUCUCCCGUGUCGGUUCUGCUGCCCAGACGCAAGUCAAGAUCAUGAAAAAAUUCGCCGGUUCGCUCAAGCUCUACCUUGCGCAAUACCGUGAAGUCGCUGCUUUCGCUCAAUUCGGCUCCGACCUCGAUGCCUCGACCCGUUUCCUGCUCAACCGUGGUGCUCGUCUGACCGAACUCCUCAAACAAGGCCAAUACCAACCCAUGGCCAUGGAACUCCAAGUUCCCAUCAUCUACGCCGGUGUUAACGGUCUCCUCGACUCCGUCCCCGUCGACAAGAUCACCAAGUGGGAGAGCGAGUUCAGGCAACACCUGACUGCCUCGCAGAGCUCACUCCUCACCGAGAUCGCUGGUGGAAACAUCACGGGCGACCUCGAGGCCAAGAUCAAGGCCGUUGUCGAGGACCACGUCAAGACAUUCGUGUCUGCGUGA